AUGGGUGAACUGGGACAAAAGAGGAGAGGCAGCCAGGUUUGGCAGAUAGGCAGACGGACAGACGACAGGACGGAUACACGGGUGGGGGCUGUGCUAGGCGGCUCGGCGGCAGGCUGGUGGAAGAUGUCGUUAGGAGCCGGCGGGAGGGGCGGAAGGCGGCUCAGGGGGAUAGCAAGCAGUGGGGGUGGAGGAGGGAGAGGUGGAGCGGGAGAGGCGGAGGAAGGUCCUGUGGGGAUCCCUUUCCCUGAACACAGCGCAGACAUACUGGGCAGCCUGAACAAGCAGCGGCUCAGCGGGCUGCUGUGUGACGUGCUCCUGGUUUCCCAAGAUCGGGAGUUCCCAGCUCACCGCUCCGUCCUGGCGUCCUGCAGCACCUACUUCCACAAGCUCUUCACGUCAGGGGUAGCCGCCGACCAACAGAACAUCUACAACAUCGACUUUGUGGCAGCGGAGGCUCUGGGAGCUUUGCUGGACUUUGCCUACACGGCCACGCUGACAGUCAGUCACAGCAGUGUGGCUGAGAUCCUUGCUGCUGCACGUCUCCUGGAAAUCCCACCUGUCCAGGAUGUCUGUACACACCUGCUGGACACCAAAGUGCUCUCCCCGCCGGCGGGCAGUGAGCGAAAAGAUGAGGGUGAAGAUGAGGAUGGGAAAGGCAAAGGAGGAAGGGAGCAGGGGAACCGGGUGCGGGCCCGAGAGUAUCUGGAGUACUUCCAGAGAGGGGCACAUUGGAGCAGCAGCUGCAGCACGCCGGAGCUCAGGGACCUGCCCACCGCACACCUGCACUUUAAUCAUGGUAACGGGGGCACCCCCAGCAACGGGGCCCCUGUUGGCCCCAGCGAGUACUACUCCCCCUUGGCCCUCGCCUUGUCCCAGGUCCCUAAACAGGAACCAGAGGAAGAAGACGACGAUGAGGAUGAAGAUGAGGAUGGGGACGCGGUGCAGGGUAACGGAGGAACCCUGGGGUCCUCAUACUACCCUCCGUCCCAAAACGGACACUUCUACCUCCCUCACAAUUCUAGGCUGGGGCAGGAGCCCGAAACGGAGGACGCUUGUAGGGAGGCGAUGAUAACGGAGAGGGGUUCAGCAAGUGCCCUCCUGCAGCAGAUGAUGGACUCCAUCGAGAGGCAGAAAGAGCGUGCUACGACCGGUGAGGACCAGGGAGAUGGCGAUGACCCUGACAUGGAAUUUUACUUGAAUUAUUUUAGCAGUACACAGCACGAAGAUACAGCGUCAUCCGCUGUAACGCAGGGAGUGCCAUCACUCUGGUUAUCAAGAGGCAGUACAGCCCAAGACAGAGUAGGAGCAGAGAGGGGGGUUGGAGAGAGAGCCAGUGGGGGUGGAGGAGAACGGAAGAUGCGCUCCAAGGCCUUCCAGAAGUGCCCCAUAUGCUCCAAGGUCAUUCAAGGGGCAGGCAAGCUCCCGCGUCACAUCAGAACGCACACGGGAGAGAAACCCUACGAAUGCGCCAUCUGCAAAGUGCGCUUUACCAGGCAGGACAAGCUCAAGGUUCAUAUGCGGAAGCAUACAGGAGAGAAGCCUUACCUGUGUACACAAUGUGGAGCUGCCUUUGCUCACAACUACGACCUGAAGAACCACAUGCGUGUACACACCGGCCUGCGCCCCUAUCAGUGCUCGAGCUGCUUUAAGACUUUUGUGCGCUCGGAUCACCUGCACCGCCACCUCAAGAAGGACGGCUGCAACGGCAUCCCCUCCCGUCGAGGCCGGAAACCUCGCGUGAGAGAGCCAGGGCUCCUCGAGGCCCCCGCGGGCCUGCUUAGCCCCGGAUCCGACACCGGCCCCGGGUCUCAUACCAUCAGGGGAAGGCGGCGAUCGGAGUCGACCUCGGCAGCGGAGGUGGAGGUUGCUGCUGGAGCACACGCACACAGUCCUCAGCUGCAGGAGCUAGCAGGGGAGGCAGGGCCCUGAGACUGCAGGGAAGACAAGGACACUGCUGGACACCAUAGUCACUCUGCACCGCCUGUGAGACAGGCCAAUGAACAGACAGGAGUAAAAGAUGCAAAGGCAAUUUAAAAAAAACUACAAAAAAAAAAAACUACAACAAACAACUAACUAUUCCUCUAUAAACCAAAUCAGGGUGUCACAAAAA